AUGUGGUGGUCGAUCGGGUGGGGGAUCGCCUUCGGUGAGGAGACCGAAGAUGGCGAGUUUAACCAGUUUGCCGGGCCUGUAUCGUUCUUCUUGCGAGAUGGGGGAUUCAUCGACGAAUCUGGGAACUACGGCACCACCGAAGGGUACACCUGGGCACUGUGGCUUUUCCAGUGGAGCUUUUCGGGGGCAGCUGUGACAAUUGUCAGCGGUGCAGUGGGGCUACGAAUCACGAUGCCUGCAUACGUCAUGACAGCUCAGGUCAUCGUUGGAUUCAUCUACCCCGUGGUGAGCCAAGUGCAAGGGACUCCGCGGGUUGAGUAA